AUGUUUAAGCUUUUCGUUUUGGCUGCUUUGGCUGUUGCCAGUGAGGCUUCCUACGCGGAUUACGACGGCUAUGUUAACUCCAAUGUUGGAUACGGAUCGUACUAUGGACUUGGACAUGGACAUGAUGGAUCUUAUCAGACAUUUGUUGCACCUGUAGUUGCUGAUGCUCACUACCAACACGGAGUUUAUGGACACGGUUACGAUGGACACGAUUACGAGGGACACAAUGUUUAUGAUCAUGGAUUGAACCAUCAUGACACUUAUGCACCAGCGAAGUACGCUUUCAACUACGGAGUAAACGACCCCCACACCGGUGACGUAAAAAGCCAAGAAGAAGUGCGUGAGGGUGACGUAGUUAAAGGGUCAUACCGCCUGAAUGAACCCGACGGUACCAUCCGCAUUGUCGAGUACACCGCGGAUCCUCACAAUGGAUUCAACGCAGUAGUAAAAAAGAUCGGACACGCUGUCCACCCUGCCCCAGUUCCCGUAGUGAAAUACGUAGCCCCCGCGUAUGCUCACCACGGAUACUAG